CUACAAUGAGAGACCGGAAGUAGGACGUUUUGAAAAUAAAGUCUUGAUGAAGACACAGGUGGAGUGUGUGCGGUAGGUGCGGGGCUGCUGACAGCUGGUGAAAAUGUCCCAGAUGCAGCUGUUGAGGCUGUUCAUCAGUGAGCGGCUGCACGCGGCUGCAGAGGAGAUCUUCGCGGCGGUGCAGAACGCGAUAGCAGAGCACGAGGAGAAAGCUGCUCGCUCACAACAAGACAGCGACCAGCAGGGACUUAUACAAGAAAUACAUCCACUCAGUGAAGACACGCUGCAGGUUUUUGAACAUGAACAGAAAGACUUCAGGCUUGACUGGAGUCCUGAGAGAUGCCACAGCGACCCCAGUGUGGGUCAGGUGGACUGUGGCCUGCUGGUCUCAGAGCCUCCAGCAAUCAAACAGGAGCAGCCGUGGAGCAGUCCAGAGGACCAGCAGAUAUCCGAUGUGGAGGACACUGAUACCAGCACUUUGAAAGGAAAACCCACCUGCAUGAAGAGUCUCAUUUACUCAGACACGACUGAGUUGCUAAAUAAUGACACAGGAAAUGAAGACAGGAAGCCUAUUCAUUGCCUAUCAGCUGGUCACAGAGAGGAAGAGGGAAACGCUCAGUCAAGCAGUGAACAUUGGCCCAUUUUGCCAGAUUGUUCUGUAACUCUGAAUAACAUGGGGCCUGAGUUGGGUUUUGCAGCACUGGCAGGCUACAGUGUCGGUAAAAUCCACAUGCAGAACCACAUGUUGACUAAAAGUUGUGACAACUCAACUUCACCAAAUAAAGAGACACAGAGGGGAAGCAAAUCCUACUGCUGUCGUUUCUGUGGCAAAGAAUUCAGCCACAGCGCACAUCUGGCCACACACACUCAAAUCCACACCGGCGAGAAACUGUUCAGCUGUGAGGUGUGUGGGAAAGAGUUUCGACAUGGCAACAGUGUGAAUGUGCACAUGAGGAUUCACACGGAGGAGAAGCCGUACCGUUGCAGGAUUUGUGGAAAAGAGUUCCGCCAUGUUGGCAACUUGAACGUUCACACGAGAAUCCAUACAGGAGAGAAACCCUACAGCUGCACAGUGUGCGGGAAGAAGUUCAGCCGAAAUAAUUUAAUGACAAAACACAUGGGGAUACACACAGGUGAAAUUAGUUUAGGCAUGAAGAGUGUGUUGAGAAGAGGUUCAGUCGGCAUGACCUCAUGAGAGCUGAUCGCUGCUGUGACAGAAUCUCCAUACUUUUUAUGCCUUUUUAUCGUAAAUGUAUUAUUCUAAACUGGAUAUGGUUUUAAGCAUCAAUUUAUCUUUCUAUAUGUAUAAUCCUGACAUUUAAUACAUUUUAGGUGAUGAAUGCUUCCCCCUCACAAUCUGUAGUGUCUCUUUACAUCAUUUGACUGUUUAAAAUCAGACUUAAGUGCCUGGUUGCUGUAUGAAAGCUCAGCACUGUGAUGCAAACAAUCAGACCUUUUUAAUAAAUUCUUUACUAUGAUGAAAAUAUGAUUUUUUCCCAUUCUGAAUUUAUGGAAAAUCCCAGAUUUUUUCUCAAUUACUUUCAUGUAAUAUGACACAAGAAAACAAAGUCAAUACAGAGCACCUCGUUAAACUAACCAUCUACUUUGUAGCACACCCACCUCAUCAACUAUCACUAUGCCACCGCAUACACCAAACU